CUUCCCUUCCCUUUCUUUUAAAAAAAAAAAAAAGUACCCAUAUUUAAUUCCUCUAAAUAAUAAUUAUUAGAGGACAAUCUUAAAAGUCUAGUAUUUCUUAUAAAUUAUUGAACCAUAAUGACUCUAAGUAAUAAAAAAAGUUUCCUUUGGAAAUGUGGAGCAAUUGUGGCAAUGAGCAUUUUGUUUAUUUGGAUGUUGUAUGUUUCAACGAGUGGUUCAUAUAUAAAUAAUAAUACUAUACAGAAAGGUAGACAUACCCGUAUAUGUAUAUAUACAUAUAUAUAACAGAUACAGAUACUAAUCAAAUACUUAGACCCUAAUAUAGUUUCUUUGGACCAAUUAGAAAAUAAUCAUAAUGCAUCCUAUUGUUCAGUUACAAAGGAUGGUCAACCGAAAACUGAAUAUGCCAUCAUGAUUGAUGCUGGUUCAUCAGGCUCUCGAGUUCAUGUAUACCGUUUUAAAAUAUGCCAGCCUAACGAUCCCAUUUUAGAAGAUGAGGUCUUUCAUCAACUAGAGCCUGGUCUCUCCUAUUACAAAAAUAAUCCCAACAUGGCUGCUCAAUCACUUAGAGAACUUUUAGAUAUCGCUAUGAAACAUGUCCCUGUUGCUGUUCAAAAAUGUACACCUAUUGCUGUUAAGGCUACUGCAGGACUUCGUUUAUUAGGACAAGACGCAUCCAACAAAAUUCUUAAAGCGGUAAGAAAGUACAUAGAGACGAACUAUCCGUUCCCAAUUGCAGGUGAACAUGGAGUUGAAAUUAUGGAUGGAAAAGAUGAAGGGGUUUAUGCAUGGAUCACAGUAAAUUAUUUGUUGGGUAAAUUAAAAAAAAGCCAGUUAGGAAAAUCUGCAGCUGUAUUUGACUUGGGAGGAGGAUCGACUCAGAUUGUAUUUGAGCCUACCUUUAUCAGUAAAGACGAAUAUAUGAUGGAAGGUGAUCAUAAAUAUCGCUUGGAAUACCAAAAUCGUAGUUAUGAAUUAUAUCAGCAUUCAUAUUUGGGAUAUGGUUUAAAUGAAGCCCGUCAACGAAUUAAAUCAGAAAUUAUCCAUCUAACUGGAGGAGAUAAGCAGCAAGUCUAUUAUCAUCCAUGUUUACCUGAAAAUCAUAAAGAAGAAAUUCAAAUCAAUGAUAAAAAUAAUGCCACUGUUGUACAACUUGUGGGCACUGGCGCUGGUUAUACAGCAUGUCGAGGCGUCAUUGAAAGGGUCUUCAAUAAAGAUAAACUCUGUGAAUUAGGACCCUGUGCAUUUGAUGGUAUCUAUCAGCCACCACUCAAAGAUACCUUUCAAACAACCAAUGACCUUUAUGUCUUUUCGUUUUUCUACGAUCUAACUCAACCAUUAGGAAUGCCAACUGAAUUUUCUGUACGUGAGUUAGGUGAAUUAGCAGAGCAUGUAUGUCAAAAUAAUAUAAAGGUCUUUCAGCAUAUUCCAAACGCUAUACAGCUCAUCAAGAAUAACCCAGAUUACUGCCUUCACCUUACCUAUAUUUAUAAUUUGCUUAAAUUUGGUUAUGAUAUCCCAAGUGAUCGUCUUGUUCGUACAGCGAAAAAGAUUCGUGGGGCUGAAACUGGAUGGUGUUUAGGAGCUUCAAUUGCUAUGCUUGAUGAAGCAAAACUUUGUCAAGAAACUUAAUUUAUUAUUAUGAUUACAUAUGUAUAUACAUAUAUAUAUAUAUAUGUGUGUGUAUGUAUAUAUGUAUAUAUGUAUAUAUAUAAGGAAAAGAAAUAUGGGGUAUUUUUUUUUUAAUGAUUCGAAGCUAAUCUUUUUUCUUGUAAUUGAUGAUCUGAAUAAAUUUGAUAUUCCAAGAUGAUGGGUAAUAAUUUCCACAAAGAAAAUUCAGGCCAGUAGCAAUUAACAUAAUGAAUUUGACAUGUGUCAUUUGCUUGCCAUAAUAAAAAAUCACUUAGACGAGUUUCACCUGAUGUUCUAACUAGAACAUCUAAUUCAGGACAAUCGGCAGUAAAUAAAUGAUCUUUAAUUGUUUGAUCUGUAAUCUCACUA